AUGAGGUUAGAAAAAAGAAACGCGAAUGAAGAGGAAGAAAAAGGGAAAGGCGGGAUGUAUUUGUGGCUUUUAGAUAGAGACGGCGUGAUUAACGAGGACGUCGGGUCGCCCGGGGUAAUUGACGUGGACAGAUUCAAAAUGUUGAUGAAUCAACAAGUAAAAACAAAUGCUACAUUGCGCAAAGUUGUUUGUUUGAUCACAAAUCAAACGUGCGUGGGAAAAGAGAUAAUAACGGAGGAGUAUUUAACAGAUGUCAUUCACAAAAGAAUGACCGAGGAACUUUCUCGCGAUGGUGGCGCAGAUGCCUUCUUUGAUGCGAUUUUAUACGAGACAUCACCAGUUGAAGGCAAUAAUCGCAGAAAGCCGGCGCCCGGGAUGGUUCUCGAAGCUCUGCAAAUGUUCCCGCCUUAUACACCGGGGAAAGAUGGCGUGAUUUUCGUCGGGGAUUCUAUGACGGAUAUGAUGGCAGCUGGGAGAGCGGAAAUCGAAAGUGGGCGCUCGAUAACGAGAGUUUUAGUGGGCACAGGUUACGGCUCAAGAGUUUGGAGCGAGCUAGCGGAAGAAAAUGAAGAGCUCAUCGAUGAUGGUGUUUUUUACUAUUACGUAGAGAGUGAGAGAAAUGAUGUUAACAAGGAAUCAAGUUUGGAUGCAUUUCCCGAGGAAUGCUUUCCGUUAUACGUAGCGAAGGAUUUAGCCGCCGCGGUUGAUAUUUUUUUAUAG